GAUCCAUUUGUUCGGUUAAAUUUAGAACUACACACCCAACCAAGCACGCCGGUUUGUUUACAAUUUUAGUUUUUGGGUGUGUGAAGCAUAAGGAUGAUACGGGUAUCCAUUCCAAGCUACCAGAAAGUAGAAGGAAAUGGUGACAGCUAUACAGCUUACAGAGUUGAUGUGUUCCAGAGUGGCAGUUACCAUACCUUACACAAGAGGUACUCAGAGUUUGAAGAACUGCAUAAGCAGUUGAAGAAAAUUAUAGUCACACCAGAAUUUCCACCAAAAAAAGUUCUUAAAUUUAAUCAGAAGAUUGUGGAACAAAGACGUGUUGCCUUAGAAGCAUAUCUUCAGGGUAUUUUAGAGGGUGAGACAAUACCGAGGUCAUUUUUGAAAUUUUUAGAUGUACAUCUUCCACGAUCUGGAAGUUUUGAUUCAUUGGAUGUAGGACUUUCAGAACCAACAGUGACUCACCAGCCCAUGAUUGGAUUUACCAAAGACUCAUUUCUUCAACAAAAUUACAGAAGUGUUCUGCCUGAUAUUGUGUCUCAGGGAGUACAAAAUGGUUUGUAUUCAUUCCAUCAAGAAGAUUUUCUAGGACUUGUGAGAUGACAUCCAGAUGUUUAAAACAGAAAUCAAAUGUACAGGAAGUAUGAACUUGUGAGGCAGCUACCACAUUUUCUUGAAAAGAAAUAAAAGAGUUAGAUCAAUAUACAGCCUCCACUUAGAUCCUAGACUUGUAGGAUAUGCAGUUUAAGAUACCACAGGGAUUGUCCUUAAUAAAGUUAAUUAAAUGAAAUAUUGUUCAAAUUAGCCAGAAGAAUUGCAAAAUGUAUAUUAUAGAUAUUGUGCAUGUAACUCGAUUGCGUGGAAACUUUAUCACAGAGAUUUAUAAUAAAAUUAACAUAGUUUCAGUCAGAGCUGACACAUUGAAAUAAUUUGUAAAAGUAUUUGAUUGUAUUUUCCUGAAUUACCUUCCUAAGAAUUAAUUUUAUAAUGAUAUUAUAAUGCUUUAGAAAGUAAUCAGGGUUGGCCGGUAUUUCCCAGGGGCGAGAAUUCCCACUGGUAUUUACCGGGGAUUCCCGUCCUGGGAAAUACUCCUAAAAUUGCAAAAAGUAGUAAUACUGGGAAAUAGUGGGAAAUACUGCAAAAAUGGCUUCAUGGCCACAUUUAAAGAAGUCUUUGCUGUCUCCCGACCCUACUUUUUAAAGUUGGGUAGGUAGGUAGGCAGUUAUUUAUUUAUUUAUUUUUUUUUGUGAGGGGAUUACACUUCUACCAGUAGACAGUAGAUAUGUGAUCGUUUCUUACAGAAUAUUUCUUCUGUAAAAAUAAGACAAAUCUGUAUAACAUUAUGUUGUAUAAAAGGAUGAAAUUAAAUAAUACAAUUUAAACUUUCUUACUUUUUAUUUUGCUUACUUGAAAUAUAUUCGGCAUUUCUCAUAUCGCAACUUAAAAAAAAACUUUGACCAGCAUUGUCCAAUAAAAACUUUUUAAGCGGGUAGGUAGGGAGACAGCAAACAAACAUACUUUUAAUUUUGGCCCAAAUACAAAAGAAAAUGAUGUAUAAUUUGACAAAAACAUCAAAUUAAUGAGUGAUAUACUUCACCAUUGAGAAAUGGACUUUCAAUUUUACAUAGUUCAUCCAUCAUCAGGCUCAACAGGACCUAUCACUAAUGGUGAUGAAUACCCACAGACAGGGCAACAGGGGUAUUGAAAAUAUGAUACAUUACAUUUGUAUAUUGUACAGAGUGAAAAUGUAUAAAGAUGCACAAAAAAUGUUGUGCAAAACUGUAUAAGAUCUCCAAAUUUCAUUGCUGUACCUUAAAAAGAGGAAAGUAGGUCAGUAGGUCAAAAUAAAGGUCACUGAAAGUAAGUCAAAAUCAAGGUCACUGAAAAUCAGUUUUGAGAUAUGUGUUCAAAACUGUACAAGAAGUCCAAAUUUUAUGGCAAUAUCUUAGAAAAGAAGAAAGUAAGUCAGUAGGUCAUGGUCAAGGGACCAUGUAAUUACUAAGGGUCAUUAACUAGUUAGACUUAACAGCAUGUGAAAUAUGUUAGAAAAUAAUUGAAGUUUUUUCCAAUAUAACUCUAUUCAUAUUUGAAACUAAUAAAGGGCCAUAACUUCGUGAAAUAAACAUUCAAAUGGAACGUGCUUCGCACAUGCUCAACUACACUUGGUACCGAUGCUAAUAAUUAUGUCUCCCACCACACAGUGGUGUGGGAGACAUAUUGAUUUACUCCUGUCUGUGUGUGUGUGUCUGUCACAAAUCUUGUCCGCACUCUGAGUCAAACAUUUCUCAUCCAAUCUUCACCAAACUUGAAUAAAAUGUGUUUGCCAAUAAGUCCUCGGCCAAUUUCCAUAACUAGCCAAAUCGGCCCAGGCACUUUGGAAUUAUGGCCCUUGAAACUUGUUUUUGAUAAUCAAAGCACUGAAAAUCUAGUAAGGCAGUUGAGGUCUUGGUGCAUGGUUGACACAAAUACUACUAUUCAGAUGAUUACGCAGUUGUGGGAGACAUGCGCUUUUCUCAAAAGCAGCUCUAGUAACAAGGUUUGAUAAAAGUCUGGCAUACAAUGACUGAGAAAUAGUGUGGACAAAUUUUUUUCUUAUACAAUGGAAUGUGCUUUGCACAUGCACAACUUGACUUGGCACCAAUGAUA